AUGGCACAGGCAACACAGUCAAUAAAAUGUGUGGUGACGGGUGACGGUGCAGUCGGGAAGACCUGCUUGCUCAUAUCCUACACAACCAAUGCCUUUCCUGGCGAAUAUAUUCCCACGGUCUUUGACAAUUAUUCAGCCAGUGUCAUGGUCGAUGGCAAACCCGUGUCUCUUGGGCUCUGGGAUACUGCAGGUCAGGAAGAUUACGAUAGACUGCGCCCUCUCUCCUAUCCUCAAACCGAUGUAUUCCUGAUAUGUUUCUCUAUUGUUUCUCCUCCUAGCUUCGACAACGUCAAAGCCAAGUGGUAUCCGGAGAUCGAACAUCACGCUCCUGGCGUGCCCAUCAUUCUCGUUGGUACGAAGCUGGAUUUGAGAGAAGACAAGGCCACAGCGGACAACCUAAGAUCGAAGAAGAUGGAGCCUGUAUCCUAUGAACAGGCCUUGAUGGUUGCCAAAGAGAUAAGGGCCGUCAAGUAUCUAGAAUGCUCGGCGCUGACGCAACGGAAUUUGAAGAGUGUUUUUGACGAAGCGAUCAGGGCCGUGCUCAAUCCUCGACCGACCGCCACCAAGAAGAAAUCCCGAUGCACCAUCCUCUAG